AAACAAGUUGUACACUUCGAUCUACGGUAAAAAAAGAAGCAUUCCGCCGCGUCCCCGAAAAAAGCAUUUUUAUUCAGCAAAACAUUGUUUCUCCCACAAGAAUUGUUUGAACUGACACCUCAAAUGGACAAAAAAUCCAAUAAGCAUUGGUAUCGUUUAAAGAAAAAAAUAAAACUUGGUGCGAGAAAACGAAAUAAAACCAGCAAAACGGCCAGUGAAUCAAUACAAACGAAUGAGCCAUUGCAUUUCAUAUUGAAUCAACCAUCAAACCGUCAUAGUCGUCCAUCGUUUUUCAGUUGUUUGAGCCAAAAUGCACCAAAGUCAGGCCACAAAGAGUCGCCAAUCUAUUGCGCAACCAAACAAUCACAACUGAAACGGCGACAAAAGCAUUUAUUGUCGCAAGUACAACAUUCAGACUCGAAUAAGAAGUGCAUGGUCAUUGAUUUAGAUGAAACAUUAAUACAUAGCAGUUUCCAACCAAUUUCGAAUCCUGAUUUUGUUGUACCGGUUCCAAUCGAUGGCAUGGUUCACUUGGUGUACGUACUAAAACGACCCCAUGUUGAUACAUUUCUUCAGAAAAUGGGUGAACUGUAUGAAUGUGUACUAUUCACCGCAUCAUUGGCCAUGUAUGCCGAUCCAAUAAUCGAUUUAAUUGACAAAUGUGGAGUAUUUCGAGAGCGUUUGUUUCGUGAAUCGUGCGAUUAUCAUCGUGGAAAUUAUGUUAAAGACUUGGAUAAAUUGGGACGUGAUUUACAAAAGGUUAUCAUCGCUGAUAAUUCACCGGCCAGCUAUACGUUUCAUCCAUACAACGCCGUUCCGAUUACAUCAUGGUUUGACGAUGACACCGAUUCGGAGCUACUCGAUUUGAUACCAUUGUUUGAAGAACUUAGCAAAGUCGAUUCGGUGUACAGCAUUUUAGGUAAUACCAACAAAAUGUUGAUGACACCCCUACAAUAAUAGAAGCAAUGGAACUGUUGAUAUCCAAACAUACAUUUCAUUUCAUACACUGACCUGUGAUUGUCAAAACUUAAAAUUGUUAACUAAAUAUGCAAAGAAAAAAAUAUUUUUUAUGGAGCUGUGAAAAAUAGCCUUAAUUACCUGUUGUUGAAAUAAUUCUAAGAAUAAAAUUGAUUUAAACGUUUUGUUUUUUGUACUUUGAAAA